AUGGGGUUCGAGGUACAUUUGAAGCCUAUCUUCGGCCACCCCAAGGUCGAGUGGGCUGCGGGUAACGCUUCUACUCCGCCACGUCGGUUCUUGUUCCACGUCCAUGCCUCCCCUGAUUAUCUGCACCUCAGAAUCCAUGUCACUGAUUUCCACUGCGACACCUGGGAGGCCGUACGAUCGGUUUCCCAGCUUGACGACAUGAGGGACAGCAUAGGUAUAGGAGGCUCCUGGUCAGACUUCAUAGACUAUCUUAUAGCUUCUGUAAAAUCCGAAGAUGUAAAGCUUGUUUUGGAGGGACAUUCAAACUCCGACGGUGCUGCAUAUGCAAAACUAGUGGCUCAAAAAUCAAAAGGAAUGCCUGUAAUUUCCAUUUCUCUUACAAAACUUGUGGGGACUGCUGGUAGUGAGGCUAUUGCAAAUCUAUCUCUUCAGCUCUUCGAAGAAUUCAAAAGCAUCCAUGAGUUUUAUGUGGAAGAAAAACAGCGCUCUAUUGAAUUGUCAAAAGCGAUAUCAGCUGAAAAGGAAAGAAAUGCUAGUAUCCAGAGCCAACUGGAGCAGUAUUCCAAGAGGCAAAAGUUACAAAGGAUUAGUUCCUCAGAUAAAGUAGAUGUUUCUGGACUAUUCAGUAAUGGUUUGAAAAGCUCUCCAGAUAAAGAAGCAGCUCGAGAUAUAAACUCAACAGCAGUUGCCAAUCGGGUUGUGCCUGCAUAUCGUAGGGCAAAAGUAAGAGGUGCCCUUCUGCAGGAUACAGAAGAGGAACACAAGUGA